UCGAAACAAGCCCGCACACCAUUUUUGGCCAACCAACAACUCAAAGUCAAACCUACUGUCCUCAACGAUGUAUAAAUUUCACCGCUUCGGACAUUCCACUUUAAUACCCCAUUUUUUCCCCUUUCUCAUUUCUUUCUUUUCCUUUUUUUAUUUGUCCUCAGAUUUCCCCAGAAAAAAGAAAUUGAAUACAGGGUGUAACCUAUAUAGACUUUUGAGUUUUAGAGAUGUUAGAGCAGUUACUGAUAUUUACUAGAGGAGGUUUGAUCCUCUGGACAUGCAAAGAGAUUGGAAAUGCUCUUAGAGGUUCGCCAAUUGACACGCUGAUUAGGUCCUGCCUUUUGGAGGAACGGUCUGGUGCAGCAUCAUACAAUUAUGAUGCACCCGGCGCAUCUUACACUCUUAAAUGGACAUUUCACAAUGAACUUGGACUUGUAUUUGUUGCUGUAUAUCAGCGGAUUCUCCAUCUCUUGUAUGUGGAUGACUUGCUUGCAAUGGUUAAGCGAGAGUUCUCUGAAAUUUAUGAUCCAAAAAGGACUUCCUACAGUGACUUUGAUGACAUAUUUCAGCAGCUUAAGAAAGAAGCGGAGGCUCGUGCAGAAGAAAUGAAGAAGUCAAAACAGGUUGGCAAGCCUGUGAAUAACAAUCUUGUUAAGAAGCAAGGACAGGUGAUGAAAGGCAGUAUGGAUGGUAGCAAUAAAAAAAAUAGUGGUGGUGAUUCUGAAAAUGGUGGUGGAGAUGGUGAAAACCUGAAAGGUCACCUGUUGGAAAAUGGAAAUUUUAACAAAAAUCAUGUUAUAAAUAGGGAAUUGCCCAGAAUGGUUAAUUCUAAUGGUAAAGAGAAUGGAAGUUCCAAUGUCGGGGCUUUUGAUGUAAAUAAGCUACAGAAGAUUAGGGGUAAAGGUGGAAAGAAAACUGACGCUACUGUUAACAAAGGUUCCAAGGUUGAGCCAAAGAAAAAGGUAGUGAAAAAGAAUAGAGUUUGGGACGAUUCGCCAAUAGAGCCAAAACUGGACUUCACUGAUCCAGUAAGUGAGAAUGGGGAAGAGAAUAUAGCAAUUGUAGCAGCGGAUCAGGGUGAGAGUAUGAUGGACAAAGAGGAGAUUAUGAGCAGUGAAAGUGAAUCAGAGGAGGAGGACAUAGGGAAGAAUGGUAAGGUUGAGACAAAGAAUAAAGGCUGGUUUUCAUCCAUGUUCCAGAGUAUUGCGGGGAAGUCAAAUUUGGAGAAAGCCGAUCUAAAACCUGCACUGAAGGCACUCAAGGACAGGCUUAUGACUAAGAAUGUGGCGGAGGAAAUAGCUGAAAAACUUUGUGAAUCAGUCGCAGCGAGUCUUGAGGGAAAAAAGCUGGCCUCUUUUACAAGAAUUUCUUCGACAGUGCAGGCAGCAAUGGAAGAAGCUCUCGUUCGCAUAUUAACCCCCAGGCGGUCCAUUGACAUUUUAAGGGAUGUUCAUGCUGCACAGGAACAAGGAAAACCAUAUGUUGCUGUUUUUGUAGGAGUAAAUGGAGUUGGGAAAUCUACAAAUCUUGCUAAGGUUGCUUACUGGCUUCAGCAGCAUAAGAUAAAAGUCAUGAUGGCUGCUUGUGAUACAUUCCGAUCUGGGGCUGUUGAGCAGCUGCGUACUCAUGCACGUAGACUCCAGAUUCCAAUAUUUGAGAAGGGUUAUGAGAAGGAUCCUGCCAUUGUGGCAAAGGAAGCAAUUCAGGAAGCCAGUCGAAAUGGUUCAGAUGUUGUUCUUGUUGAUACUGCUGGUCGAAUGCAGGAUAAUGAACCACUAAUGCGAGCUCUGUCGAAGCUUAUCUACGUUAACAGUCCAGAUCUUAUCUUGUUUGUUGGCGAGGCACUUGUGGGCAAUGAUGCUGUGGAUCAGCUGUCAAAAUUUAAUCAGAAAUUAGCCGACCUGUCACCCUCGCCCAACCCCCGAUUGAUUGAUGGGAUCCUGCUUACCAAGUUUGAUACAAUUGAUGAUAAGGUUGGAGCUGCAUUAUCGAUGGUAUACAUUUCUGGGGCGCCUGUCAUGUUCGUUGGGUGUGGACAGUCCUACACUGAUUUGAAGAAGCUUAAUGUGAAGUCCAUUGUUAAGACACUCCUCAAAUGAAGAUAGUUUAUGGUCUUCUUUCUCCUUCCAUUUCGAAAAUAAAGAUGCUUUAUCGUCUCCAUUGUUUUACGUUUGCGUGCUAUUUCUCGACUCUGUCUUCAACUAUGAAAUGUGUUCGUUGUGUUGUUGCUAUA